UUAGACUUAUUGAAGCUCAGAAGUACUCAUAGUUUCUUCUGUCGCUCUUUGUAUUCUUUUCCCUGGUAACGGUGUAGAUACUUCAUACACCGAUCCUUGUUUUUCCCCCCCUUUCCUUUUUGAUAUAUAUAUAAUUUUCCCUCUGUGACACGCUGCUUAGUGCCACGCUGUCCUUUCCUGGCGUCUGUUUCGCUCUUUCCCCUGUUUCCCCGACGGGCGCUUGCCCCUAUAUCUGUUCCUACCUUUCUUCUGGGAGCCAUUGCAGUGACGUCAGUGCUUCUUCCCCACUGUCCGUCUCCGCCCCUUGUGACCCUACGCGCUUCUCGGACCUGACGUGUCACGUGGGCACGCAGGGUCUCGCGAUAGUGCGCAACACAGCCGUUCGCUAGGGACGCUUGUGCCCAUAGUUACAGCUCUGUUUGCGCACGGGGCACGUACGGCUCCCCUGUCUGCGCUCUUCCUGCGCUGUCAGGGCUUUCACUGCUGGUGCGACGAUUUGCAGCUGUUAUUAUUAGAGCUGGGUCGGCGCUCCUGCAGUGUCUAAGUGCUGGCUGAACGGUGUCUCCUGUGGCUUAGGAGCCACUGGUACUAUGUUGACUGUUUACACUAACCUGCUGUACACAUAUUACUGCUAGGUAAUCCUGAUGCUUAUAGUGUUUUCUUUCUUCCCUUCACAGCCCUGUCAGUGUCUUAUAUACAGGUUGCACAAACUGCCAUUAUGUCAGACAAUAAAUCUGAAAUGACCUCGGGGGAUGGCCCCAUUGCUGCCCAUAAUUCUGAUCCCAUGUCCGCCGCGGAAAUACAGCAGCUGGUACAUAAAUCCAUUAGCUCCGCACUGUCGUCCGCCAUGGCGAUUAUGAACGAGAAUAUCUCGAGAUCUGUUUCUCUGGCAGUGUCACAAUCCCGCCAGGAUGCGGUAUUACAAUGCACAACCCGCCGAUUUCGGCUCCUGUGCUUACACCAGUUUGCGAGUCCCAGAAAUCCGGUAAGGCUCUGAAAAAACGCCACCAUUGCUCAGGCAACCAGACCUCUCCCGCACCACAACAGACGGCGGGAGAUGGACAAAAUAUCUCGGGCGGCCCUUCCCACUCGGGCGCCAACCCAUAAUUGGUUAUAAGACCCUCCACCCGGGAGGACGACCAUGAGAUCCGGGCUACCCGUUCAGCUAAGCGGGCUAAACCUGAUUCAUAUGUAGACGAAUCGGAGGGAGAUUCUGAGGAUGACUAUGCGUUGUCUAUACCCUCUUCUGUCGAGAGCGAAGAAGAGGAGAUAGGUGUAGAGGAGGAGUGUGACCCUUUGGGGUCUUCUGCUACAACAGACAAUCCACGUGCCAUAUUGGUCUCCCUGGGGAUGCCAUUUUUCGACCCGGAAGAUAUAAAACAUCCGAGGUCCCCGCUGCCGCAGAUAGCGAAGUAUGUGGUUGCGGAAACCCCUGGAUCGGGGCAACCGUAGCAAAUUGAGAUCGGAGUGUCCUAGGCCUUCGGUGGCUAACAAGGUUGCGGCCACUCCUGAACUGGACCCGAUUCUCAUUAAAUAUUUGCUUGUCGGGUAAAAACCCGAAGAAGGGCCUGGAUAGGUCCCUCAUGUCCGUGCAGGACAAAUUGUUGGAUAUCUUGGGUCCCCUUACCAAGAUCUUGAAUUUAGCUGAGCAUGCCGUGGCGACAGGUGGGUCGGUGGAUGCAGGCGUCCUCAGGAACUGGGCCCUGCGGGCUACGUGCCUGUUGGGUAACGCCAACUCGGCGAUGUCAGCUGAGAGACGCCGCUCCAUUGUAAUGCGUCGCGACCCGCAGCUGACCCACCUGGCUACCGAGGAGCUGGGCCCAUCAGCUGAGGGCCUCUUGUUUGGGGACUCCCUAAUUAAGAAUAUCAACAAAUUUGUGGGGUUGUUCUCCAGCCUGGAUAAGGCACAAUCCUCACUCAAGAAAUCCACCAAGGUUUUUGGCAGGGCCGGAAGGGGAAAGGGUCAACCUUCCGGCAGAGGUGCCUUUGUUCGACCCUAUGUUAGACCCACCGUGCAGUAUGUGCAAGACAGACAUCAACCUCAAUCGGUUCCUGCAUCCGUGGUCUCCAACCCCUUUUACCCUACCCGAGGCAGGCCCUGGAGGGCUCGGGGCAGCUCCAGAGGUUUUUCCAGAGGCAGAGGCACAGGUGGGUUGGAUUACUCAGAGAGCGUGUUUAACCCCUGUGGGGGGCAGACUGAAGUAUUUUUUCCACCAUUAGUCUCGGAUUUCAUCAGACCCGUGGGUGUUGCAAGUAAUCAAAGGAUACGUGAUAGACUUCAUGUCCACACCAGUGCAGUCUCGCUGGCCGAUUCCCAUUCCCUUCUCAGAGGCAGACAGGGAUCUGAUUUCCAAAGAAAUCAUGGAUCUGCAACACAAAAAUGCCAUAACGCUGGUCCCUAUGGACAAACUGGGUUUCCUGAGCAACCUCUUCUUGGUGAAGAAAAAAGAUGGCGGCCACAGGCCCGUCAUAAAUCUGAGGGAUCUAAACGAAUAUGUCUUGUAUCGACACUUCAAGAUGGAGGGCAUACACUUACUCUUGGAUUCGCUUCUUCCCGACGACUGGCUGGCAAAGAUCGAUCUGAAGGACGCGUACCUCACGGUACCGAUUCACCCUUCUUCCCAGCAGUAUCUACAGUUCAUCUGGGAAGACGAGAAGUGGGAGUUCACCUCCCUCCCGUUCGGUCUCUCGUCUGCUCCAUGGUGCUUCACCAAACUGUUGAGACCGGUUGUGGCCCUUCUCAGGAGCCGGGGGGUGAGAAUCUUCAUAUAUCUCGACGAUAUAUUGAUCAUGGCUCAAUCCCCUCAGCAGACUCGGCUGCACGUGGAGUGGACACAUUCCCUUCUCACAGGUUUGGGUUUCCUUGUCAACCACGAAAAGUCGGUCUUCGUUCCUACACAGGACAUAGAGUUCCUGGGGUUCAUGGUGAAUACCCCUAUGGCAAUAUUGAGUCUCCCAGUCAAGAAACUCACACUGCUUCGCAGAGAGAUAAGAUCCCUGCUCGGGAAGGCCCUAGUUUCCCUCCGGGCGGUUGCCCGAAUUGUGGGACUGCUGUCUGCCUCUAUGCAGGCAAUUCUGCCGGCGCCUCUUCAUUACAGGGCGUUACAACGUUUGAAAAACGAGAAAUUAGCAGUGGGUCUGACUUAUGCAGACAAGGUUUACCUGUCCCGGGAGGCACGCGACGAUCUGUCGUGGUGGCUUCGCCAUGUCCAGGAUUGGAAUGGCAGGACGAUAUUCAACUCGAUAUUCUGCUCGGUUGGGGAGCCCGGUGCGGCUCGUCCUCCAUGGGGGGCAAGUGGUCCCCAGAGGAGUCUCAGUGGCACAUCAACUGCCUAGAGCUUCUGGCGGGAUUUUUUGCGGUCAAAUGCUUCGCUUCCCACAAGUCGAAUUGUUGUAUCCUGCUUCGCAUGGACAACAUCUCGGCAGUACGGUACAUCAACCAUCUUGGGGGCACGAGGUCCAAGAUGUUGGCGGACAUUGCAAAGGACUGCUGGCUCUUCUGUCUUCAGAAGAAUAUUGUUCUAGUGGCGGAAUACCUUCCGGGGGUUUCCAAUUCCGUGGCCGAUUGGAACUCCAGGUACCUGAGGGACAGCGGCGAUUGGACCUUACAUCCAUCCGUCUUCCAAUUGAUUUGGGACCUAUGGGGUCCCCUGGAUCUGGACCUAUUUGCAUCUCGGCUCAACCGGAAACUUCCGUGUUUUUCCAGUUGGAAACCAGAUCCGGAGGCGUUGGCCAUGGAUGCGUUUCUUCAAACGUGGCCCCAGGGAACGCUGUAUGCGUUUCCCCCCUUUGCCAUGAUCCCCAAGGUGCUGUGGCAAGCGGGAUCUCAGGGAUCCACUCUGGUGGUGGUCACACCGUGGUGGCCGACGCAAUCGUGGUUUCCUCAGGUUCUGGGGAUGACCAUAGAUUGCCCACGGAUCUGUCCCGUAUUCACAUCACUCCUUCAGGAUCCGAGGAAGGAGGCACAUCCGUUAGUCUUGUCCGGUCAAUUACAACUCGUAGCUUGGCUGAUCUCCGGAUGCCAGGAUUUGACGACGGCAUUUCACAGUCAGCUAGGGACCUCUUGCGAGAUGCUUGGGCUCCAGGUACCAGGUCAGCUUAUAGAUCUGCCUGGGGAUUAUGGGUUCAUUGGUGCUCACAACGGCAAAUGGAUCCCAUUCAAGCCCCUGUGUCCGGAGUCCUAAAUUUUUUAUCGGAAGCUUUUGACGCCGGGAAGGCGUAUCGGACGAUUAAUGUGUAUAGGUCCGCUAUCUCGGCUCGUCACGUCCAAGUGGAGGGGGGGACGUUGGGUCGACACCCGUUGGUUUGUCGUCUUUUGCGAGGCAUCCGUUUUCAACGUCCUCCUGCUCCUAGGUAUCACUCUACCUGGGAUGUAUCUUUGAUUUUUCGUAUGUUCUCCUCUUGGGAGGAUAACGAUGAUUUACCUCUUAAGCUCCUAUCGUUCAAGUUAACUAUGCUGUUAUGUUUGAUUUCCAUCAAACGUGUGUCGGACGUUCGAUCGUUGGAUAUCUCGAGGAGGCAGUUCACGCCCCUGGGCGUGAUCUUCUCUGUCUCGCGACGGACGAAGACUGAUCUGAGAUCGGUUUUUUAUCCAAGUUUUCCGGAUCACUCACGUUUAUGUGUGGUUCGAUGUCUGAGGGCCUAUGAACUAAGGACGGCUCAGUUACGUUCGGAAUCUUUUUCCCAACUCCUGAUUUCUUUCUGUGCCCCACACCUUCCGGUCUCUUCUCCGACGUUGUCACGUUGGGUUCGUCAAACGAUGAUUUUGGCUGGGAUAGAUGUUUCGGUUUUUAAGGCUCACUCUUCUAGAGGGGCCAUGGCUACCAAGGUAGCUCAGGCAGGAGGUUCUCUGUCGGACAUUAUGAAGGCAGCGGACUGGUCUUCGGAACAUACGUUUCGCAUGUUUUAUUUUCGGCCGGAGAGUCAUGUUUCUAUGUCUGUGUUAUAAAAUGUUAAUGUAUGAUUUGAUUGUGCUUGCUUUGAACAUGCAUCUGAUACGAGCCUCCUGUCUGACAUAAAAUUUAAGAUUUUACUAGCUUAGUGACAGAAAAUAUAGAUUUUAUAAAGACAGGAGGCGAGUAUCAACCCUCCCUGUUUCCCAUCCCUAUCAUGGUUGUGUUUUUCUUUCCUAGGCUACUGAAGGACGUUCCAGUUCGCGAAUGGAUGAGUUCUUACGUCAUCGGUUUCUUGGAGUUCGUUGAUGGCCUGCUGUUCCGUUGGUCCUGAGGCUGCAUGGUUUCUAGAGUCCAUUCCGGUGGGAUCCGACGUUGAACUCAUCUUUGGCUGUUCUUGGACGGUUACCUCUUCUGUUUGCUUAAAGGAGAAGGAGAACAUUCCCCAAGACAGUGGUACCAGCCCCACUGUGGGACUUUUCGUAGCAGCCCUGAGUGUGCUUAAAUCAUCAGUAUGUUUUAGACCCUCCAUUGUUUAACAUCUAUUAAAUACUAUUAUAGAAAAAAAAAACAAGAACAAUUCAGGGGCAGAUAUCAAACUGUUUUAAAAGAUAUUAAACAUUUCUCUAUGAGCAAGUGUUUAAAAGAAAGAAGAUCUUUAAUUUUUUACAGAGACCGAUUCAUGCUAC